UUUUUCUCUCUGAGUUUAAAAGGGUGGGAUGCCGGCACGGCCCUUAUUCAGGGUGAGAGUUUCCACACGGCUGCUGCAGGACUCUCGUCCUCGACCUCAUCUUCCUCACCUUUGUGGGCACCUCUCGGGCAGACUGAAGCAUCAUGAGCAGGCAGAAGGCGCUCCUGGAAAAGCUGGCGCAGACCUUCCAGAUCCGGAACCUGCUGAUGCGCCAGGCGCUGGCUGAAUGUCUUGGCACCCUCAUACUGGUGAUGUUUGGUUGCGGAGCGGUUGCCCAGUUGGUUCUCAGUGAGGGAUCUCAUGGACUAUUCCUGACGGUGAACUUUGCGUUCGGUUUUGCUGCCAUGCUGGGGAUCCUGGUCUGUGGGCAAGUCUCUGGUGGCCACCUGAACCCAACCGUGACAUUUGCUCUUUGCAUGCUGGGUCGAGAGCCAUGGAAGAAGUUUCCUGUGUACUUUCUGUUCCAGACAAUAGGAGCCUUCCUCGGAUCAGGGAUCAUAUUUGGCAUGUAUUUUGAUGCUCUGUGGGAGUUUCGUAAGGGCAGUCUGAUUGUGGUGGGGGAGAACGCCACAGCUGGAAUCUUUGCCACGUACCCCUCCAACCAUCUCAGCCUGGUCAACGGCUUCUUCGACCAAAUGAUUGGCACAGCAGCUCUGAUUGUGUGCAUCCUGGCCAUCGUAGACCCCUACAACAACCCCAUCCCACGGGGGCUGGAAGCCUUCACUGUGGGUUUUGUAGUGUUGGUGAUCGGCUUGUCAAUGGGCUUCAACUCAGGGUACGCCGUCAACCCUGCCAGGGACCUGGGACCUCGCAUCUUUACUGCGAUCGCAGGCUGGGGGAGUGAAGUCUUCACGGCUAACGAUUACUGGUUCUUCGUGCCGAUCUUCGCUCCAUUCUUUGGUGCGGUGGUGGGCGUGCUGGUGUACCAGCUGAUGGUGGGCUUCCAUGUGGAAGGAGAGGCCCGAGACAGAGUGGAAGCAGCGGCUCAAGAGGAGAAAGACAGGCUAAAGCUCUCCAACGUCACAGAGAAGAAUGAAAUGGCAUGAAGGCUUUGGAUGUAUCUGAUUUUGAAUAAUCUCUUUGUUUUUUUAAAGAAAACUUCCAGCAUUUUUCAACCAGACAUCUAUCUGCCGUGUCUGUAGUAUAUAGUCGAUCACCAGAGACAGAGAUGUGUUUACCUGUUCUUAUAAAAGAACGACAACACGUUGACCCAAAAGUAGAUGCCACUGGGCAGCUGUUGAUUUCAGUCAGUUAUGGGAAACUUGCUUUUUAUGAAUCCUUCAGUGGAAGGAAUUUUUUUUAGAGAUGGUACUGGUUUGUUAGUAACCGGAACUACUUUCCAUUGCAUUGAUUCGGUGUUGGAAAGAUUAAGAAAGCUUCAUAAGUACCUACCUAAAGCCGCAGUCACACUACAUGUUUGCAGUUUGCAUCACCUUAUGAAAUGGGCAUGGCCAAGACUGGACCAGAAGAUUUGCUCCAAAAAAAAAAAAAAUGUUGUUUGCUAAACAUAAACAGCAAUGACAUAAAAUUAAACAUAAUUGUAGCAGAUAAUAUAUUUGUGCGAGUACAGUGCUGCACCUGUAGCAUAACAUACCAGAUACAGCGUUGUACACACUGUUAUGUGGCAAAGAAGUGUAGAUAACUGGCGUGUUUGGCCGCAGUGGGGUGCUGUGAGCGUCAGUGUUUAGCCAAGGAGCUAACAUAGGAUCAGGCAAAAAGGCAAAGUCCAGAAAACAGGCAAAAUGGUCAUAAACUGGAAGAUCACAAAAGGCAAACAAUCCAAAGGGUUAGGCAAAAAGGCAGACUUAGAAAAACUGACAAAAUUUUCAUAAACAGUAGCCAAACAAACAAAGGAACACUCAGUAGAUCGGAAACGAUACAAUACCUCACAACCAUUCUAUGCUAAAGCCCAGGCUUAUAAACUAAACUAGGAAGAUCACAUGAUAUACACUACAGGUGAACAGGUAUUAGUAUUCCGGUGAGGGAGAGCGCUGAUUGGAGCGUAAGGGAAGGUCAGGAGUCAUUGGAGUCAGGUGAUCUCCCAGAGGAUUCUGGGAGAUGGAGUCUGAGUGUGUCUCAGAGCCAGAGGGAUGCGUGACACUGUGCAUGAAGGCCAAUGCAGCCUAAGCAGUAAGUGGGGCAGAUACUCCCACCACCAUGCUUCCACCAUGUUCUAUAUGCUUCUUGUUUAAGUCCAGAUUACAAAAUACAGAACCUUGGAUUCAAGGUGCCCAUUUCAAGACCUACUGGUUGUGGAUGCAAAUUUGCACACCAAAGUUCACCAAAGUUAAACUCGAUGUGGAAUUUCGCUUGCAAAUUUAUGCACCCCAGAAGUCUGUGACAUGAAUCUGCUCAUCACAUUGAAUUUCUUUCAAAUGAGUGUAUUGUACUUGUGAAAAUUCACUGGCAAAUGCAAGUGUGACUGGGUGUUAACAGCUGUAUUGUUACAGUGUAAUGUUUGUAGUUUAAAAAUACGUUACAUAAUCACAUAUUUCAUGUUUAUUCACAAAAUUCAGCACCUGUCCAUUGACUUACGUUAUAAGCGCUUUUCGAAUCAGCGGCUUUUCUGUUCUUUUUUAACGAACAGGAAAAAGUUUUUCUCUGUGCUAAUCGAGUUUAUGCUACAGAUACAGCAGAUAGAGUUCAGGUUGAAAAACACUGGAAUAUUCCUUUCAAGUCACUUCUUGCCAGUCUGAUCUAGGACCACUUUUUUAUACAGCAGACAGCAUGACCUCCCUGUUCCCUUUGGCACUGAGUUCAGAUCAGCUUCUUAAUUUACAGCCACUAUGGCCUCGCUUUUCUGUUUGGUCAGCACAGUGUGACCUUUCUGUUCCCCUUCUGCCCUGAGGUCAUACGGCAGACGGGGAUUAUCUAGGAUCUAGGAUUAGAUUUGUAUUUGCCUGACAGCAUAAACUCCCUGUUCUUUCUGAUUUAAGAUCAUCCAGCAGACAGCACAACCUGCCUUGUUCCUUUGGGCUGCUUUCAAUGUAAGAGCUAAAGUCUAAAUUUGUCUAAAUCCUGCUCUAAACUCCAACAAAGAGCGGUUUACUGUGCCUCGAGCUGUUUUUAGAUUGAAACAGAGUAGUCAUUUCAGCAUUCCCUUCUAACCAAAGUGCCUUUUCCACGUGAACCUUAGGAAUCCAUGCAGAUUUUCUUUAUCUGACAUCAGCAAGGAGACAUUUUGGUAAGAUUUUAUGUUGAGAGUCCACGGUAGCUGAUCUGUAGAUGCUCACGUUGCCUUUAACUUUAAAUUAAAUGUGAAUUUAGAUGUGACUGAGGUUUUAGGCCUGAUGUAGAUUCUAUUGAAUAAUUUGCUCAAGGGGGAAUCCCACUGAUUGUCGGGAUAAUUCAGUGGGUGUUUUGAUGCGAAGUGGUUCACUGUGGAGAAAAUUACAGAUUCCAAUUCCUUAUCUGGAGACUGUUUUGCCUUCCAACACCGUGCUUGUGCCUCUCCAUCAUCAAUAGUUUUUGAAAAAAUACAUUUUAAGCUCAAAACCACUAAAUGGCUUCAUUUACAUCUUGACCAUUUAAUUAUACAGGAAUGCUGAUGAAUUAGUGCCAUUCCCCAUUAAACGAAACCCAAUGUCAUAGAGUUUCAACAAAGUUGAGCAUCUACAGAUAAUACAUAAAUACACUUUGACCAUCUUUUUCUCUAUAGAACUCAAGAACCAAUCAUUACUCAGUUCAGUUGUUCACUCAGACAAGUGUUUGCAUAAGAGACCAGGACAGCAUUAUUUUCAUUAUGUGCAGAUCCAGGUUAACUGUUUUUGAUGCAUAUGUCUUAUAAAGGUUUACUUUUUUUAUUCUUUUACUUCACUCAUUAUCAGAGAACUGUAGCAGUACUGUAGAAUGAGACGUCUUCUAUCGUUGUUGUCGAUUGUUGAUCACUAUCAUUUCUUUGAUGCUGUGUUGAAAGAUUGAAUGACUAGCAUAUGUGUAUCUUAUAAGGGUCGUUAUUUUGUGAUGUGAGCUUGUAGGUGUCCUAGUAUAGUAUAGUAUAUAUAUACUUAACAUUAUAACUGUUGCAAAGAUAUUUUAUGCUCCUGUAUUUGAUGCUUCUUGUAUUUUGUAAUAAACUGCAUUUGUAUUA